CCAACACUUCCUCCUACUGCUAGGUAGGGCUGUAGGAACACGCGACGUAAACCAUUGCAGGUCUUAAGACCACCCGAAUAAGAUAGCGAUUCGACUUUUGAGUGGUCAGUCAUCAUGGCCCCCUCUAUCGAAUCGGUAGUUGCCCAAUGCCAUAAGGCAACGGUCCUUGGCAACAAGAUAUCCAUUCACAUGCUCGAGUAUGUGGGUACCGUCGAGAAGCAUGGGCACCAAUUCGACGAGUUAGCGCACGACUUUCUAGAGACGUGCCGAAUAAUGUGGUCGCUCGAGGCCGGUUUGACCGAGUUCUCAAGGAGCAAUCAGAGAUUUCCGGCGGAGAUGAUUACGGAGCUUGAGAAGAAGUUUAGGGCCACCAACACGGAUUUCCAGGUGCUGGAUCACAUGUUGACCCGCCUUCUGGAAUAUGAAAAGAAGGGCACGAUGGGAAAGAUUCAGAAGGGAUGGCGCAAGAUGUUCGCCGAUAACGACGUCGAGAAGAUGAGAGACAACUUGGCGAAGACCCGAGAGGCUCUAAGGAUGAGCUCCCUCGUCUUUCAAUGGUCUCUCGGAGAUGCCAAGAUCGAUGAGUCGGUUGGCAUUGGCUACACGGGUUUAGCUGCUGCGCUAGACCGAAUGGAUAGAGGAAAGACUGUAGCGGGUAUCACGAAACUGAAGUCUCUCAACAGUCCGAAUAGUGGCGUCAGUCACCAAGCAGACGAGGUCCCGGCUGUUUGGCCGUUACCGCCACAGCCUAUAACUCACAGCAAAGGCUCGAUAACGGAUCAUUCCUCUACUAGGGAACAUCCCUCGCUUAGGGAUCACUCUUCUCUUGGAAGGCGCGAAGAAACCAUUCAAAAUCCGGGAGUUCAGCUUCUUCCCGAAAUACAGCGCGAGCCUUCACUAUCUAACUAUACGAUCGGCAGCGGAUCUUCCUCCCGUGGUGCGCGGGAACGCGUGAUGUCGACGGCUGAGACCCUGGAUCGAUCUCUUGUACAAAGUACAGUUGCUUCGGGUUCGGGUCACAUUACGGAGGUGGACACCCUUGUAGAAGAGAUGGACUCGUUCGACCCGUAUAAGGUUAUCCGUCUGAAGGCCGAUCCUCUUACUAUGCCCCGAUGGAGUCCGCGAAAUACUUCCGGGGCGGAUACUCCCGCGCUGAGAGAAUCAUUAAUCUCUGCCGUGGAUACGAGCAAUCACAAGUUGUUAGAACAGCUUCUUGACCGAGGUGUCUCCCCUAAUAAUGGCCCCGACGCCCAUAUCCUAAACCACGCUAUUCUACGCCACGACUCCGAGGCUGUUCGUAUCUUAUUACUCUUCGGAGCCGACCCUAACGCCCCGGACACCCGGAACGUAACCCCCUUAUACCUAUCCGUAGAAGAAUCGUUCCGAGAAGCCGUAAUCAUGUUGAUGAAGUAUGGUGCGGAUGCGAACUCGACAGCCGGACCGGAAUCCGAGUCACCGUUCGCCAUGUCAGUUCUCGAAGACAAGUUUGAUCUUGCCCGCAUUCUUCUCACCUAUGGAGGCGACGUCAACCACAUCUUGGCUAAUGGAGAUACUGCAUUAUUAGCAGCUAUCAUUAAGAAGCGAACUAGGAGGAUAAUUGACAUGCUUCUUGAGUAUGGUUCAGAUGCCAACGUCAAGAACAGGGAAGGACACACGCCCCUUUUCGAGGCUAUUAACUCCAACCGUCUGGAUGUUGUUACUAGCCUUUUGGAUCACGGCGCCAAUCCCAACCUCCCAGGACCAAAACAUAUGUUGUGGCCGGCGGCUGGAGCACCUCGCAUCCUCGAAGUAUUGCUUGCUCGUGGUGCUGAUCCUAAGAAAGCCCCUGGAAUUAUGGAAUUGGCAACUUCCAUCAAUAACAAAGAAUCCGUCCGAGUGUUACUCAAAGCAGGUGUUGAUCCCAAUGCUAAGAAGGAUGGCAUCUAUACACCACUCUGCUCAUCCAUUCGAGAUAACCGUGCCGACAUCUUCGAGCUACUUCUCGCUAAUGGUGCAGACCCCAACACACCCAGCGCUGAAUAUCCUGCGUUUAAGUGCGUGACGCAUUACCGAACGCAAUACCUAGCACCAUUGGUAGCUGCGGGCGCCGACUUGAACUCCCCCAAAGGUAUCCUAGAAACCGCAGUUCAGUGCAAGAACGUCGAGGCACUUUACUGGUUACUCGACACCGGAAAGGUUUCGCCCAACGACAAGACCCCCAAAACCGGUGCCACACCCUUGACUACGGCGAUCCGUGAGAACCGUGCUGACUUAGUGGACUUCCUCCUAUCUCGCGGCGCCGACCCUAACGUCCGAGGAGAGAACUGGCCGGUCUGCAUGGCCGUGCGCCAACCUAUGAUUUUGAAGCGUCUGUUACCAGCAUUGGCUGAACCACGCGCUUUCAAGGGUGUGAUGGAGAUGGCUGUUGUAGCCAACCAGUUGGAAAGCAUCAAGUUGCUUUUGAAGGCUGGUGUGAGUGUGGAAGACCGUAACGGAGGUGUCUUCUCGCCGUUGACGACGGCUAUCCGUGAAGACCGCAAGGAAAUUGUGCACUUCUUACUAGAGGAGGCCAAUGCCGAUGUCAACUCACCUGGCGAACAUUUGCCAAUUGUAAAGGCCCUACGACGACUUCACGGAGCAGACACGGAGAUCGUCGAAUUAUUACUAAACUACGGCGCGGACCCGAACAAGAUCUACCGCGGCCACAACGCCUACAUCCAGGCCAUCGAGAACGGUGACUCUGCCGUGCUCAAGCUCAUGAUAGAUAAGGCCGGUGUCGACCUAAAUGCUAAGGACGAUUCUGGAAUGACGAUAGUCGAGAUUGCCGAGCACCGGGGUUGGGAAGAGGGUAAGCAGCUAUUGUUAGCUGCGAAGCAACCAGUAUAGGGACAACUGAACCUAGUGUUGAAUACCGCUCAUUGAUUGAUUCCCUUUGUUUAUAUCUAAUACUUCUGAUAUCCAUUGUCUUAUAAGGUCGGUUUAGGUAAAUGUAUGAUAAACGACGGCUGGUGAUGACAAAUAUAUCAUAAUCCAAACAGAGGUUCUAUUUGUCUGCUAUAUAUUGGCCCGUGACCCAGGCGUCUGAGAUUACC